AUAUGCAGGGCAUAGAGCAGUAGAGCACACUCUCUCCUGUGCUCUAUCAGUAUUGAAAAGUGUGUGCUUUUUUUCUCUUUUUUUAAACAUCAAGGAUUUUGGUGAGGAAAUGGGUAGCGUAAAAAUUAGAGACUAUGACAGCAUCACAUCUUUUCUUGGACCUUGGGGACCCUUUCAGCGAAGGAUUUUCCUUGCAUUGGCCUGCAGCAUCCUUCCAAAUGGAUUUAUUGGCGGCUAUAUAGUAUUUAUAGGUGAUACCCCACUUCACGAGUGCUAUAUCCCUGAAAACUACAGCAUCAGUGAAAUGUGGAGAAACGUGACGAUCCCAUUGGAAACGGUCGAUGGCAUUGCAAAGCACAGCUCUUGCUCAAGGCUUAACCUGGACAUUGUCAGGAACUACUCUCAAAAUAAAAUCAUCCCAAAUGUGGAUGUGAAUGUGAGUGAAAUUCCUUUGGAGAGCUGUCUGGAUGGGUGGACAUACAGCAAAGAAAUCUACCAAUCAACCAUUGUCACAGAGUGGGACUUGGUAUGUGAGAAUGCAUACAAACCUCCGUUGGCCACCUCCAUCCAAUACAUGGGUGUGCUAGUGGGAGCGUUUUUCUCAGGACAGAUGUCUGACAGGUAUGGAAGGAGGCCAAUACUCUUUCUCAUGAUGGUUCUUCAGACUGUGGCAAUCACAGCACAGAUAUUCUCCCCAAGCUGGGAGAUCUUCAGCUUCAUUUUCUUCUUCGUGGGUGCAGGGGGAUUCUCCAACUAUACCGUUGCAUUUGUUCUAGGUACAGAAAUUCUAAGCCCAAAAUCCAGAGUGGUCUUCUGCUCUCUUGGGGUUUUCAUGGGCUCAGCUUUGGGCUACAUGGCAAUGCCAGCGGCGGCUUACUUUCUUCGUGAUUGGUGGAGUCUGCUGAUUCCCAUGGCUGCUUCUAGCCUGAUCUACAUCCCUGUAUGGUGGUUAGUCCCAGAGUCUCCUCGCUGGCUGCUCUAUCAGGGCAGAGUAAAGGAGGCUGAGGACAUAUUAAGAAACGCUGCCAGGAUUAAUAAUGUAGAGGCGCCACAUGCUAUUUUCACACAAGCUGAGAUCGACGAUGCAAUUGCUAUGAAAGACAAGAAAUACAACAUUUUGGUUAUCGUAAGCAGCUGCAAUAUGUUCUCUGUAACAUUACUGUGUUCACUUCUGUGGAUCAUCAUCACGAUUGGUUACUUUGCUUUAGUCCUCAACACUUCAAACCUGAAUGGCGAUCCUUACAUGAACUGCUUCUUGUCUGCUGUGGUAGAAGUGCCGGCUUACAUAAUUGCCUUGUUACUGCUCCGUUACUGCUCCAGGCACUUCUGCCAAUCUUCUUCACUCUUCCUGGGAGGCAUUAUGAUCCUCUGUGUUCAUCUCAUUCCAAAAGAUCUACCGAGUGUGGCUGUGUUCUUUGAGAUUUUGGGGAAAUUUGGCAUGACAUCUGCAUUUUGUGUGGUAUACAGCCUCACAUCAGAGCUCUUCCCCACUGUCAUCAGAAAUACAGCAAUGGGGUGUUGUUCAAUGGCUGCUCGCAUUGGAUCCAUCAUCUCCCCCUUUAUCCUUUACUUGGGACGAUACUAUAAGCCACUCCCAUACAUAUUGAUGGGGGUUCUCGCCCUUUUUGGUGCUGUCUCCUGUUUUCUGCUGCCAGAAACUUAUGGGAAGGCUUUGCCAGAGACCAUAUCACAAAUGCAGCUAAUAUGCAGGAGAAGAGGAAAAAAAGAAAAGGAAGCUGAUAUUGGACAGACCACAGCUGAUUAUCAGAGCAAAGAAUCCAAGUUAUAGUGUCAAGUUGAUUGAGAUUUUUAAAGCAUUUUAUUUACCUAUUUGCUUAUAAAAAUGUUUUGUUUCAUUUUCAA